GAGAGAGAGAGAGAGAGAGAGAGAGAGAGAGAGAGAGUGGCAGCCAAGUGUCGAGGACACGGGGACCGAUUACGGCGACAGGAUUUUCAUGGACUGUACAGCUGAAGUAUUGACCGCGCCCGGCCUUUUAUUUCCCACUCUCUCUCGCGCGCUCUCUCCCACCCACUGUUCCUCCUUUUCGCGUUUGUUUUCCUGUCAAAGACCUUCGAGGAUACGCGCCGGCAUUUUUUUUCAGUGGACUGCGAGCAUGAGGAGAUCGGAGCGUGGAGGAGGCUCGCGUUAAAGGAACCUCAUAACCCGAAUUCGUCGCGAGCUGACGAGCCUCGCGCGUCUCCUCAUCGACUCCGCCGUUAUGCUAGUGAACUAUAAUGCAUUAUUUUGGAGGACGGUUCGAGAGUUCGUUAAGCUUUCACAUUUUCUCAAGAGCCCGAAGAUAUUCCAACGAAUUGAGAGUGUUUACGGUAGGCGUGAAAGAAAGAGAAAAGAGUAGCGGCCAUUUGUCACGUGGUGGAUGUUCCAGAAUCGAAGAUUUUAAAUAAUCCCGCGUGCUCAUUUUUAUUUUAUCAAGUUGUUAUUAUUAUAUUAAUAAAGACGUGGAUAAAAAUGGGGAAAACCAGAGGUGUGCAUGAAACAACCCCGGAGAUUCGAAAUCGAAUGGUCGGAAUGUACGAAGCAGGUCUUGGCCUUCGAGAAAUUGCUGCAGCUGUAAAUUGUUCGCAAAGAACCGUAAAGAGAUGGCUGAAUAGAUUCGAUAAGGAGGGUACCGUAGAGACUCGUGACAGAUGUGGCCGUAAAAGAGCAACUACUCAAGAACAGGACGAAGCUAUUAUUCGAUUGGCCACUCAGACUCCGAUCACAGCUGCUAAAGCUGUGCUUCCGGCGCUGGGGCUUAAUUGCUCCGUAGAUACGAUUAGAGAGCGAUUGCACAAAGCUGGCAUUCAUAAUUGGAGUCCGUCUAGAAAGCAUAUACAAAAGAUGCCUAUAGCAGUUGCCGAUGGAGCAGGAAUACAACAAGCGGUAUGGCGACCUACUGGUACUCAGCUUGGUAAAAAGAAAUUAUCGAAGGAAGUAGCUACGGUCAAAACUAACAAUUCCCAAUCGAAGAAGAAAGUAGUUCCUCGAAAAGCUAAGUCCAAGCAAGCUUUUAAUACCAAUGUAGAAUCAAACGACACGACCCAGCAAACCGAAGUACAAUCGAGCUUUGCAUUUUCUUCCCCGCAACAAAGUGUGCCAGCGCAGGCACAAUUGAAUGAAAUGCAGCCUUUGCCACCCCCACCUCCACCGCCAUUGCCUCAUCCUGUGAUAUCUACUAAUCCAAGCCAGUAUAGUCAUUCGUUAAAUCUAUUACCACAAUCGCAACCAAUUUAUCAUCAUCAUCCAGGACUUAAUGUUUCACAAAAUUGGCCCAUCGAUCUUGUGCAAGGUGCUCAUCAUUAUACUCAGAAUCAUCAAAAUUCAAUUCAUCACGAACAGCAUCAACCCGUGCAUAUUCAGACGCAUUCUCAAUUACACAAUCACCACGAUGCGCAACUUAAUCAGCAUAUGCAGGAUCAAAUUCCACCAUCCAUGCAUUCACAGCACCAUGAUAUAUCUCAGCAAAAAGUCGAUCAUCAACAAAUAGAACACCAUCAAGAUCUAACAAAAGUAUCUCAAGGAAAAUUAAACGAACCUCAAGAUGUCAUAAUUAAUGUAUGCUCGGAUGCUUGCUCCAAUUCUAAUAAUAGCUCUAAUGAAAAUAGUCAAAACUCAAGUGUAGAUGAUGAAUUAAGUAGCGAUAAUAAUUGCACUACAACCAAAAAAAGAAAAUCCGGAAGACUUAGGAGAAAGAAAGGUGGUAAAAUUAAGGGAACCCUUGAAACGAGUAUUGAAAUUCGUAAUCGUAUGAUUGGAAUGUCAGAAGCAGGAUUAUCAACAUUGUCCAUCGCUCUGGCUAUUAACAGAUCAGAGCGAACGGUUAAAAGAUGGUUGGAUCGUUGGCAUAAAGAAGGAAAUGUUCAAACAAAAGAGAGAAAAGGUCGAAGACGUAUUACUACGAAAGAACAGGAUGAUGCUAUUAUUGCAAUGGCGACUCAGCAUCCUUUGACAGCGGCAAAAUAUGUAGCACCUGCUCUUGGUCUUAAAUGUAGCGUUGAUACAAUCAGAGAAAGACUGCAUAAAGCAGGAAUUCACAGUUGGAAAUUGGGAAAAAAGCAAGGAGAAGGCAACACUGUUCAUACUGUUCACCUGUGGCAACCUAGUGGUAAUAGGUCCAAUAAAGUUAAGAUAAUCGGAGAAAAGAAGAAGAAAUCCCCAAGUAAAAAGCGCAAUAAACAUUCAGAAGAUAGCUCCAAGCAAUUCAAUAAGAAACAAAGAGUGGAAACGUCACCUUUAAAAAUUGUAGCACCAUCUACAAAUAUAUUGCCGGAGGAAACAAAUUUACAAUAUCAAAGUCAUUCACAAUCUCCGGCAAUGAUGCAAUCAGCGCACGAUAUGCAAAGUACUUCAGCGGUUCUCAUCCACCCUCAAGAACAUACUCAAGUACCACCAGUGUGCUCCCAAGGUCCUCCGCAAUCCCAAGCUCUGCAAGCCAUGGGAUCAAUGAUUCAACAAAGGCCAGAUUGUAGACUAGCACUUUCGGCAAUUGUACCACCCAUUCCCACUCAGCCAAGCAACAACAUUGCAUAUCCAUCGUGCAUGAUGGGAAGCAGCAGUCACACAGGACAUAUGGAGCAAACCGAUCCUAUGAAUUACGAACCUUACAUCUGGACAUUCUGAAAUGUAUACAAAUGUUUCCUAAAAAUACUCUUGAUUUUUAAACAGACAUGGGAUUUCUAGAUAUAAUUUAUGCUUGUAAUUAUAAGAAAAUAUUUAUUAUUGGCAAUUAGUGUAAGACCUAAGAGCUUAAUACAGCACUCGGAAAUUAAAUGCUAAUUAUACAAUUUAGUAUGAUUAGAGCCAUUACUGGUAAUUACUUCAUAAUUAAUGUAAUAUUGUUUUCCCCAUGACUGUUUAAAAAUCAUUUCAUAUCAAACGUUCCGCCUUUCUAAAUAGUACAAUGAAAUGUUCAGGAAACAUUAGUACACUAUGUCUUCCUGAAGAUGAAACUAUGAAAUCAGUAUAAGUAAGACAAUUUUAUUAAGUACUAUUUUAUUA